AUGCACGUUGGCAGGUAUGUUGCAGACAAGGAAGAGGCUCUUCACAAGUUUCCCUGCAGCUCCAGCCAGACACGUAGUCAGUGUCUACACAUUUCUUUUGGAUCUCAUGUCUUCCGCAAAAGCAGCUCUGAACUGGGCCCAUGGUCUGACAUGGUGGACAUGGACCAGCAUGACAGACGGAAUCGCAAGGGUGAGGACACCCUUUUCGAGACCGAGAGCACGACUGGCCACACGAAUGUGGAGGCAGGCCAGGGAGAGAUCGAAUCUCUAUCUCCUUCUCACACCAACAGCUAUACACUGAUGGAAGCGUGUCUUGUGGUAGAUUGCAGCCAGGACACCUCCACUGGCGAGCAGGCGGGAGUUCAGAAUCAUCCUGCUGCUCCUGAUCCCUUGGUCUGGUGA